GGCGCUGGGCAGGAAGGGGAGGGGGAGCGCGAGCGCGAGAAAUGCAGAGGCUGCAGCGGCGGCGGCGGCAGCAGUAGCGGCAGCGGCGACGGCGGCGGCGGCAGCGCUCCAACUCGCUCCUCGCUCCGGGCUCCGCCGUCGAGCCGGGGAGAGAGCCACCGCCAGCGGCCAGGCACCCGGCCGGACGACGCCAGCGACCCGGGCCCCUCCGCGGCACCGCGCUCACCCAGGGGCGGCACAGGCACCCAGAUCCGAACUCCAAGAUGGGAGGCAAGCUGAGCAAGAAGAAGAAGGGGUACAAUGUGAAUGAUGAGAAGGCCAAGGACAAAGACAAGAAGGCAGAAGGAGCCGGGACGGAAGAGGAGGGAACCCCGAAGGAGAAUGAGACCCAGGCGUCUGCGGAGACCGCAGAGGUGAAGGACGGCAAGGAGGAGAAGCCAGAGAAGGAUGCCCAGGACGCUGCCAACAAGCCCGAAGACAAGGAAGGCGAGAAAGACACAGAGGCGGCCAAGGAAGACGCCCCGAAGGCAGAGCCCGAGCAGAUGGAGGGAGCCGAGGGGAAGCCCGAGCCCCCGAAGGAUGUUGCGCAGGAGCCGGCGGCCGCCGCGGGCCCCGCUGCAGGCGGCGACGCCCCCAGAGCUUCGGAGCCCGAGGCGGCGGAGCCCGCGGCCCCCAGCAAGGAUGACAAGAGCAAGGAGGGUGGGGAACCCACAAAGACUGAGGCUUCCGCAGCGCCUGCCGCGCAGGAGACGAAAAGUGACGGGGCCCCAGCUUCAGACUCAAAACCCAGCAGCACUGAGGCUGCCCCAUCCUCCAAGGAGACCCCGGCAGCCACGGAAGCACCCAGUUCCACGCCCAAGGCCCAGGCCCCCGCAGCCCCCGCAGACGAGGUCAAACCCGCCGAGACCCCGGCAGCUAAUUCUGAUCAAACCGUAGCAGUGAAAGAGUAACAAGGACAGCCUAUGGAAAAAAAAGAAUACCGCUUAACGACGACCUGUCUCUCUGUCUCUCUCUGUCUCUCUCUCUCUCUCUCUCUGUCUCUCUGUCUCUCUCUCUCCUAUACUAACUUGUUUCAGAUUGGAAGUAAUGAUACGUAUUGCCCAAGAAUAAGGAUGUGUUCCCAUCAAGGGAGGGGGGGGGGAGAAUCCAAAUAGUAUUUUUGUGGGGAAAUAUCUAAUAUACCUUCGGUCAACUCUACCAAUCAGUCCUGGAUUUGAAAGAUCAAUGUCUGAAAGUACAGUACAUCUUUUGUACCUGAACUGCUGUUACAUGCACUCCGCCACUAAGAUCUGAGCAUCUUGUCUUCUGCAAGGGGAGUUGGGAGUGAUGCGUUCGAUUCUGCCCGCAGGGCCUGUGCCGAGGCAAUCAGAUCUUUAUGAAAGCAGUAUUUUCUGUGUGUUCUUUUUCAUUUACAGCCUUUCUUAUUUUGAUAUUUUUUUAAUGUUGUGGAUGAAUGCCAACUUUCAGACAGCCCACGUAGCCUGUCCACAUGUAUCUCAAUGCCAAUUCUCCAUUCUUCCUUCCCAGGUCUUUUUGGGAGUAACAAACAUUCUCUCAUCCUACUUAGCCUCCCUAGAUUUCUCAUGACGAGUUAAUGCAUGUCCGUGGUUGGGUGCACCUGUAGUUCUGUUUAUUGGUCAGUGGAAAUGAAAAAAAAAAAAAAAAAGUCUGCGUUCAUUGCAGUUCCAGUUUUCUCUUCCAUUCUGUGUCACAGACACCAACACACCACUCAUUGGAAAAUGGAAAAAAAUAAAAAUAAAAAAAACAAAAAAAAUGUACAAUGGAUGCAUUGAAAUUAUAUGUAAUUGUAUAAAUGGUGCAACAGUAAUAAAGUUAAACAAUUAAACUGAA